GAGUAGUUGCUUUUUGAAUUUUACUGAUUGAGAGAUGGCUUUGUACUCUAUCAGUAUUAAUUUGUUGGUGUAUGUAAUCUUGGCAUUACACCAUCCGGACGGCAAGGUUUUUCGAGAUAACCUGAUGCCCCCCAUGGGCAUUAGGCAGUGGGCCACCAUGCCUCACAUUGAACUGAACACCAACACCAUCAACUUCCAUCAACGACCCUGGACCACACAGAACACCAACGAGACCAAUGGACACAGUUUGCACAAGUGCACCGGAGAGGCUUGUGUUAUGGUCAGCUUGGAACCCACUGCUACCCGGGUAACUACAAACAACACUUACCAACUCAGUGGCCUUGUCGUUAACGUGUCCGCCCUGAGAUUGGAAGGUCAGGUGGUUUAUCCGCGGUCCAAUCAUACCAAAGACUCUAAAAAUGGGACCCGGUGCCUCUCAGUUUGGCACACAUUAAGGAGAUGGAUUGGGGGUAAGGCCCAGCGACAGACUUGUGUCCUAUCCAGGGGGUGUACAUCAAGCUGCCUCAUGCUACAAAAACAGGAGAUAGGCUCCUGCCCUAUGGGCCAUUGUGGCUUGGACAAGGCCACCACCACCCAGACCAGAAACAGUAUUGACCAGAAAUACAGAGAUGUUAGUGCUUUGCACCAGACAACCGGUGAUUCUACGGCCAGCCUCAGAACGUUUCGCACCCGAGUAGCUGAGCUCAGGAGUUGGGAGAGAGCGGGAGCUAGUGAGCUUGUGUGGAAGAAGAUGGUGGAAGUGAUUAAUGGGGCAGACGAGAGGAAAGAGGCUGCACGCUGCAUGUUUCUGGCUCUCUGUUGCUGGUUGUAUGGAAUGGGCCUGCUGCUCACCAUCAGUGUGAGAGGACUACUGCAGAUAAUGGUUGCAUUAGAGCUCCAUGGAGAUGAACACAAGGAGAGAGGAGCUGAGAGGGAGACAGACAGCUGUAAAGAUGCUCAAACUGCUCCCGUGUUGGUGACCCCCCGUGGUUCAACCAAGAAGAGAGCCCGCCGCCGCCGCCGCCACCGCCGCCGCCACCGCCGCCGUCAGUCCAACAAGGGGAAACACUGAAUAACAUGCCCAUACAGGACAUUGUUCAUUUGCAUUCCAAAUAAUACAAUAUCAUAUUUCUAAUAAAUAAUACUUGUUUUUGCA